CUUUUAUUGAUCAAGGAAAGCUCAAAAGAGCAACAUUUACGACGUGUAAAUAGCAAAGUAGGAACAUGUGGCAGAAAGUUUACACUUUUGAAUUUUGAUCAUAUUUUAUGUUAAUUUUGCAUUACCAUAUUAUAAAAAUACAAUACAUAGUGGUCCAACUGAAGUUUAAUAUUGGAAAAUGAUGAUAUUGGGCUUCAUAUAGGCCCAUUAGCUGUAUUUAGAAUUUCAAAAAGCCUUAUUCUUCCUUAGAACUAACGCUACUUCACAUUUCUUCCGACACUAAAUAGCGUUUGCGUCUGGAUUGCCGUAAAGUCAACCGAAUCAUGGAAGAGGUGAAGAAGGACGUAUACUCGGUAUGGGCAUUGCCCGAAGAGGAAACGGAGCCCCGGUUCAGAAAGCUAAUGGAAGCUCUGAGAUCCGAGUUCUCCGGCCCAAGAUUCGAUCCUCACGUCACCGUCGUCGGAGCCACGAGUCUCACGGCAGACGAAGCGAAGAAGAUGUUCGAAUCAGCUUGCAACGAUCUGAAAGCUUACACCGCCACCGUGGAUAGCAUCUCCACCGGAACUUUCUUCUACCAAUGCGUUUUCUUGCUUCUCAAAUCCACCCCUGAGGUAAUGAAAGCUGGUGAACACUGUAAGAACCAUUUCAAGUGUUCCACUACUACACCUUACAUGCCGCAUCUGAGUCUGCUUUACGCCGAGUUAGAUGAAGAAGGGAAGAAGAAAGCGCAGGAGAAAGCUUAUGCACUCGAUAACAGUCUUGAUGGACUGAGUUUCCGGUUAAACCGACUCGCUCUCUGUAAAACCGAUACAGAAGACAAGACUCUUGAGUCAUGGGAGAAAGUGGCUGUGUGCAAUCUCAAUCCUUAAGAAAUAAAGAUGAAAGUUCGGUUCUGAGUCUGUAAUAAAAGGUCUCAAUAAACUUUGCUUAACAACUGUGUGUUACCAUCUCUUCUUACUCGAAUCGAAUAAUGUUACGAUACUAAUUCGCUACAUACUGCACCAAUUUCUUUAAAUAAGUUUUUGCAUAUUUAGCCAAAAGAAACGACUCUCAAGCUCUCUAGUAGUUAGUCCGUUACAGUAUUUCAAAUUAAUUGUAUAACAUUUGGAUCAAAAUGUCAAGG